AUGAUCUGCUUUGACUACCACCGCGAGCUGGUCGCGAUGCAGACUGCUUCUAGCGUGACGACGGAUGCCGCCCCGCAUGUCUUUGUCCGCCUUCAUGUCGCUGUAGCUCCGGGCCCGCUUGGCGAGCACGCUGCCAUCCUCUACGGCGCCGCCAGCAUGGCCAUCGACCAGCUCGUCGGCACGCUCCCGUGGGCGACCAUUGUCUACUCGCAGGCCGAAGCCCACGUGGGCAUUUCCAAUCUGGCCAUGCUGGCCGCGAUGGCAUGUGCUGUGCUCGGCCUCCGUGCUCUUCUCUCGGUCGCGUUCCUUCCCUACAUGGUGCAGGUGCUCAAUGCUGUCUUUCGCGAUGUGGACGAUGGCGUUUUUCACCGCGACAUGCUCUUCUUGACCGUGCUUUCUGCCAGUGCGCUAGCAUUUGCGUAUCUUUCAACUGCAUCGUCGGCGGUCGAUGGUCUUCUGGUGCUCCUCGCCGCCCCUGGCUUUGCAAUGGCGGCGGUAGGUGCUGGCGAUGUCGAUGUCCCGCACCCUGAGAUCGCCGGCACAGUUGCUGGCUUGAUUGUCCUGCUUCUCUCGCCAACGUUCAAGGCCAAAUGGAGUGGGCUUGUCGCCGGUCACGUCGUCGCCUGUGGCCUUGUGCUCGCGCUCAAGGUCACCGAUGCCCAUAUCGAAGCGGCAUCGUGGGCGAGCUUUACCGCACUUGGCGCCGACUACACGCAGUUCCAUCGCCACGCCGGGAAUGUCUAUGUCCAUCUGGCCACUGUGGCACUGGGCAUGGGGGGCGCUCUUGGUCUUGUUGGCCUCGUCUCUCGGUCUGGAUCGGCAGCCGUCAUCGCUGGACUCGUUCUCGUUGUCCGCUACACUGUCGAGGCGCAUGCGCCUCAAGUUGCGUUCCUCUCUGCGGUCAUCGUCGUCGUCCCGUUCCUUGUUGUCUUUUGCCUUCCAUCGCGAAGCCUCGCCCACUACAUGCAGUUCUGGCAGGCUGCCGGGCUGGUCAUCGGCGCGUUUAUCGUUCAAGAGGCAGCGCACCGGGUGUAUGGGGAGAAGACGUACAUGGACUCGUACCUCGACCACGACCGCUACCCAGUCAUCGCGACCAAGCUUCUCCUCCACCAUCUCUGGCUCACUCCGUUCACCAUUAUCUCGUGGUUUCUUCUUUAGCUAGCUGCUCUUGCCUGUCCUUUCGGAUGCGGCCAUGAUGCGGCCAUGAGUCUGCCGAUCGUCGCGCUGACUGCCUCCCGCCUUGCGCCGCCCUUGCUGCCGGCGACUCGUUUCUCAUCCUGGCGCGCCCAAGGCCCAAGACAUGCCAUCGGCCAAGCUUGCCUUGCCGCACAAAUCAACCGCAUCCAACUACGCCAGUAUCAUCACCUCCAAUGCUGUGCUGAACCUGUCAGAUGCGCUCUAGCCAUGCCACGGCUUGCUCUCAAACCGCCCCCCUCCCC